CGGUUCACAUAUUAAUGUGUUGUGCUUGAUUGUGUCCAAGCAUAGUUGCAAGGUCAAAGAAUAUACAGGUAAAGUCCUGUCCCUAGCAGCUUUUUCAGGUGUCAGACGACCUGAACACAUCAAAGAAAGGGCAAUUUCUGCAGUGAGACCCUCACUCAGUAUGAGUGGGGGUGAUGCUAUGCUUAGUUGUCACCUGUGUGGUUACUUGGCUACAUCCCCAGUCUAUCUUGCCCAACAUCAAAAACGCCACGGCUUAGAGUACGAGGGUCCUUGGCGCACUUGUGACCACUGUAAUUUUGCAACGAGAUCUGUACAAGAAUUCCGGGCACAUGCAAAACAACACACUCGUGAACUUCCCCAAGAUUUUAAGUGUGUUGAUUGUGGAAGGAGCUACCAGACACUGAAAAACUUUGAAAAACAUUGUAUUCAAGUCCAUAAAAAGGAUUUGUCAGCUAUGGAAGAAGGACGUCAAACUGAAGGGAGUAGUGGAAAUGAAACCACAGGUAACACAUUUCAGUGCAGUGAGUGUGAAUUCACAUGCAAAAGCCAUGGUAGCAUGUGGUACCACCAAAAGAAGAUGCAUCCAACAGAAGAAGACAAACAAAAAGAAUGGCACUGCUGUCAAAUUUGUGGUCUGACAUUUGUUUAUAAGCAAAGGUACUAUGCCCACAUGGAACAGUACCAUGCUCUCUCCAUGGACGAACCUGUUGAUAGUGAAGAAAUGCCAGUAGAUGAUAGCUCUCCAUCCCAUGAAGGAAGCCAGUCCCCUACUGCAGAGAAGCAUGAUUUGACACCAGGCCAGCUUAUCAUCAAGUCAGAGGCAUUGUCUGAUGUUGAGCCAGAUGGUGAAUUAGAGCAGGAGGAAGGCACCUGGGUGGAUCAUGAAGAUUCUAAUGAAAAUAUGAUGUUGUCCCGUAGUGAGAUAGGUACAGUCCGUAGGCCCAGCAGUGAAGGCGAUGUUGACAUUGAGAACAGAAGUGCUGGGAAUGGCCAUCUUGAUGACCACGAUGAAGAGCCACCAAGUUUACGCCAAAUGCUUGAAAGAGGCCCCAGCCCUGGGAGGCUUGUUGGUAAUGAUGAUUCUCUUGAACAUAGACAGGGGGGUGUAGGAUUCCCUUGUGAUGAUUGUGACUUCGUUGGUGCCUCUUCAAGUGGGCUUUGGUAUCAUCGCCGUAAAGUACAUGAGCCAAACAAAAUGGCCACCUGUCCACACUGUGAUUACACUGCAGUAAGUAGUCGUGAUGUUCAAAAGCACUUACGAAAACAUACAAAUGAGCGACCUUUUGAUUGUAAGUACUGUGAACGAAACUUCACUCAGAAAAACCAUCUAUUCAAUCACAUUAUUACAAUCCAUAAGGGGGAAAAACUUCCCACAGAAGUUGCAGAAAGCAAAGGGGCUGCUUCCCAGUCACCUGAAAGUAACAGACCUUUCAUAUGCAAUCAAUGUGGCAGAGCCUUUGCAAGAAAAAACUUGUUGCAAUUGCACAAAAUGACCCAUGGUGUUGUGCAAGAUCAAAAAGAGGGAGAAGGCAGUGUUGAUGACCAAGAUUUAGAGGCAAGUACUGAGGCGUUACAAGUAGAUUCAGAUGUUGCUGGUCCAAGUGGCACACAGAAACAAGUCAAAAUUGCCUUCGAAGAAUGUCAGUGUACCAUUUGUCAGAAAUCUGGCCCAAAUAUGGUUGGAUAUAAUUACCUGAAAGAGGGUCUUGCACCAAGCGGGAGAAAAAGAUUUGAAUGCACCCUUUGCCGCAAAGUAUUUCCUGCCCUUUGUAAAUGCCUAAGCCAUAUCAAAUUGCUACAUGCAACUGCCAGUGGAAACCCAUAUAAAUGCAGAAAUUGUGGGAAAUGUUUCCUGGCAGUGACAUCUCUAUGUGGUCAUAUGAGAGCACAUCGUGAACGCAAAAAGUUCAGCUUUCAGUGCGGCAUCUGUGAAAAAGUUUUUCAGAUUGGGGAAGCUCUUAAAAGACAUGUGGUUGCCUUUCAUAGCAAAGCUAUCUCAAAAGAAGCACUGGCAGCUGCAGCAAAGCAGAGUUCCAAACUUAAACUGAAAAUUAGACUCCCAAAACUUGCAGACAAAAUACUAGCAGAGAAAUUGGCAAGUGGUAGAGAAAACAGACUGCAAGAUGACAAAAUGAAAGAACAAAUGGCAGGAGGUAAGAAGCGUGCUCUGCCUAAAACAAUGACUUGCAAUAAAUGUGGCCAGAGCUUUACUCAAGGGAAUUCUUAUGUCCGACACAUGUGUAAACACCUUAAUAUCGUACCCUUUGACUGUAAAAAGUGUGGGAAAUUGUUUUCCUCUCAAGCUGUUCUGAAAGCUCACAUGCAGCAUCAUAACAAUGCCCAGAUGUACCAGUGUAUCAGGUGUUCAUUUAGAGCCAAGUAUCUUACUCAACUGUAUACACACAUGGAAAAGCACUUUGGGAAAGGUGUUCACGGUUGUGUGUACUGCACUACGAGGUUCACUAAAAAGUCCAACAUCAAAAAGCACAUCCUAACCAAACAUCGUGGGAAGCGUCUGGCAUUUGAGGACUACACUGCAACAGUUCAAGCAGAUGAUGAAGACACUCUGAACGAAGAGGGAGAUAGACAGGAGGUGGUGCCUAAUGAGUCAGAAAUCAUGGAUUCUAGCCCACAACCACAUCCAGUCAAUGUAUAUCCAGCCCCAGCUGCAGCGAGUCCAAACAGAUCAAAUUCUUCUAAACAGUCAGUUGCUGGCAAUGUGCGAGUGGAAAUUUCACAGCCAGAUAGCAGUCAGAUUGCUGAAGAUCGUCCCCCGAGUACAUUAAGCUCAGAGGGAUCAGUCCACACAAGUGUAUCAGCUACACACAAUCCAACUAAGAAUAAUACACAUCAAGUUAAAGAGGCCAAAGCUCAGACUAUGCCUUCUCCUGCCUCAAAGAAAGAACCAGUCUCAGAACAGAAAUGUGCAGAUUGCCUGUCCAAAAUAUCAAGCAAUCUGAAAUGCACCCAUUGUGGUAUAAUAUUUCUUGAUAUGGUCAUGCAUACCAUUCACAUGGGAUGGCAUGGUCGGAAUGAUCCAUUUGAGUGCCACACCUGCGGUCGAAAUUGUGGGGAUAAGUAUGGAUUUAUCACCCAUAUAUUUAGAGAGCCUCACAAUUGAUAGCAUUUUGAGAAAAUCUGGAGGUGAAAUAGCUUGAAACAGCCUAUGUUAUGAUCAUUUAUGAUUAAAAGCACUUUAUGUGUCUGAUUUUUUUGUCUUUUUUUUAUUUUUUAAUGUUUAAUAAUGUUAACGAAUUUAGCCUGUAAUGGUAGUUACCCGGUACCUCUGUGAAGCAUGUCAACAAUUUCUUUGAGAAUUGACUGGAUUUUUUAGCACCCUUGCAUGUAUUUGUAAGAUAAUUAUUUGAAGUACUGUAAACUACAUGUAUGGCUUUUUUAUAUUUCUGGAAUAAUGGCAUGUGCCAUAAGUGUAUUUGUUUUUUGUGGAAGUUUGCCCAUGCUUGUUUCACUUGUACGGUUUGUUCAAAAACUGUUGGUUUUAGUGUAUAGAUACAUUUACUUGUAUAUGAGCACAUUUCAGAGUGGACAUUCCCAUUGAAUUUUGCACUUGUAUGAGGUGACAGCAGUAGACCAUUUGUUACUUGCAAGUACAUGUACAUGUACAGUUCCAAAUAGACGAGGAUGAUGUGUACCAUAAGGUGGGAAUUUUGACAUCUAUGUACAUGUAUUUGUAGAUGAUCUCACGAAAGCUAGACUUGCUAGUGUGCCGGUGUCUUUACUCAGUCUUUUCUUGGUAUAUAUGUACAGAAUUGCUUUGUUCAGGUAAUGCUUGUACAUGUAGUACUGUUAUUAUAGGUAGAGUGAAAAGCAGGAAAAUGGAGAUUUUAGAAUUUGCUCUGCAUAAUCUUGUUGUGUUGUCAGCGUGUGCUUAUCAAGGUUUAAGUUUACUGAUGCAGUAUGUCAUAAUUCUAAUUAAGUACAGCUUGACUUUCUGUGGUUUAAUCAAGUCCAGGGCCUCCAGGCAAGGUAGUACGCAAAUGAUACACUUCUCUUUUUGUUCCUGUCGAUGAAUUAUUUCAAUAUUUCAUUUAUGUAUUGGCUAUUUUGAUUAUUUAUUUUGGGGCUGUCUUUUAGUCUUCACUGGAAAUGCUUGUAAUUCAAAGCAACUUUGGUCUAGGAAUACAGUAUACAAUGUACGUGUACAUGUUUAAUUAAGAAACCAUGUCAUGACAUGAAAUGAUUUUUUUCUCUCCAUGAUUUGGACUGGUGUGUCUGAACCAAAUACAUGUAUUCUUCUGGUCACUGACUCAAACAUGAUGGAUAUAAUUUGAGCCUUGAACUCUGCAGAUUGAAUCGAAAACGGUUGUAUUUCAAUUUGCAUGAAUAACAAGCUGUCACUUUUAUAUGAAGAGAUGUCUAGCAUCAGUAAAUUGUUCACAGUAAGUGAGAGUAGCAAAUGAUAACAUCACUCCAGAACUAGAGAUUGCUGGCAGCGGGCUUUUCCUAGAAAUUGUGUAUUUAGUGUGGAUAUUGCAGAUUUGGACGGAUAACAUAGAUGGCUGCAAUCUUUUUAACAGUGUGUGACUUAUACCAAUGCAUGUUUCAUUCAGAAGCUGUGAAUGAAUGUAGGCAAGCCCUAGCUGUCAGCUAUGUGGCAACGAAAAGUUUCUUUGGUAGCAGCUUCCUUUCCUGUAUAUAUUCGCUAGUUUAGUGUAAGGCAGCCUGUGAUCAAACAUUAGAAGUCAUGUUGAUUAGAGAUAACCGACACUAUAAACAUGUGCCAACGUUGAUACCACUGCAGCAACAGGAGUUGAGUACAUUUCUCUUUUUCUACCUUUUUCUUCAUUGUCGUCUAGGCAGUUCCACACAAAAGUGGACACGUGAUCACACUGUUAGUGUUACCGACCUUAUCAUUAAAGCCAAUUCUUAAAAAGAGGUUUUUGAAAAAGCUUGAAAAUGCUAAGUAGUACCACUACUUGUACCUUUAAUUCCACUUUCAUUUUUUGUAAAACACCUUUUUGUUCAUCAAUUACAACUAUUAAUGAUAAUAAUUAAUAAUGUCAUUGACGGUGUGACUUGAUGCAACUUUUAUGAGGAAAUGCCCAUCUGCAUAAGUGUUCAGUGAGUAAUGGAACUGAAUUAGUAAACUUUUCACAAUCCACUUUGAAUUAAAACAUGCAGGGUACCAUCAUGACUGGUUUUUUUUUAUUUGUUUGCCUUAAGUGCUGCCUUUCGUUUACUUCCCAUGGAUAAAAUGAAAUGAGGUUUUUGGCCCUUUCAUAAUUGUUUUCGAUCAUCUUUGUUAUCGUUUAUUUUAAUGAUAAGUUGCAUUUUGUAUAAAAUAGCCUCAUUGUUCUGAGAACCUGUAUCAAAUAAUAAAUGCCAAAUUGUUCCAAAACAGGCACUCAAUUAAA